UCCCUUCGGAUAAUCGUGUGAAAACCACGCGUCACAAAUAGCGUAAGACAAACUCCCACUGAUAGAAUUCAACAAACACCUCCACACCGAGUUUCGAUCGUCCGAUCCGUUCACAUCAUCAAAUCGAAACUCCUCAGAAGAAGAAGGAGAAGAUGAAGAAGGAAGACACGGUGAAGCUGAUCAGCGCGGAGGGCUUCGAGUUCGUGAUCGACAAGGAAGCUGCCAUGGUUUCGCAGACCAUCCGCAACAUGCUCACCUCUCCGGGGAGUUUUGCUGAAACACAGGAUGGAAAAGUGACAUUCCCUGAGAUAAGCACCACCAUUUUGGAGAAGAUCUGCCAAUAUUUUUAUUGGUCUCUUCAGUAUGCCAGGGGUAAGGAGACUGAUUUCCACAUUGAACCUGAACUAACUCUGGAGCUGAUGAUGGCUGCUAACUAUCUCCACACUUGAGUGAAUUACUGUACUUGCUUCUUGAGUGGCGAGUACUUUUAACAUGCUCAACUGCUUAAGGAUGAUAUUGUUGCCUGAGAAGGCUUAAAGAUACUAGGAUUCUGUUUUAAUGCCCUGCAUUGGAGUUCAUUGCCACUGCAAAAAGUUGUAUUCAGAAGUAUAUUUGAAUGUUAAUUGUCAUUACUUAAGAGUAGUGUAAGACCUAUGUAGCCGAAAAUGUAUGUAGUAAUUGAAUGAUUUAACUUGGUUGCUGUAUGCUAUAGAACUCAAGUGGCAAGUCUUAUGAAGAGAAACAUUGUUUCAUCAUGUUCUCUGUCAAAGAAGUAUUUUGCUUGACGUUCUUAAGCUUAUAUAAUGUCAUACUUUUAUUAGUCA